CCACACACACACACACCCACACACACACACACAGACACACACCAGCCUCUUGUCUCUGCACUGAGGACACCCCUGUGUGUGUGUGAGAGAGACAGAGUGUGUCCAACUUUCUGUCCUGGAUCUUUACUCCCUCUCAUCAAGCCUCACUGAGCCUCCGCUCCUCGUCUCACCGGGAGAGAAAACAUGACCGACUCGGCAACCAACAUGCGGCUGAAGCUGCCGAUCACCUGCUUCAUCCUGGAGAUCAUCCUCAUCAUCCUCUUCGGCGUGCUGGUGCAGUACGACAAGGAGACAGACGCAAGGGAGUGGCAUAAACUGAACCACUCCGACUAUGAGAAUGACUUCUACUACCGCUACCCAAGUUUCCAGGACGUGCAUGUGAUGAUCUUCAUCGGUUUCGGCUUCCUCAUGACCUUCCUGCAGCGCUACGGCUUCAGCAGCGUGGGAUUCAACUUCCUCAUUGCAGCCUUUGCGUUGCAGUGGGCCACACUUAUGCAGGGUUUCUUCCACGGCAUGCAUGGAGGCAAGAUUCACAUUGGGGUGGAGAGCAUGAUCAACGCUGAUUUCUGCACCGGCUCUGUUCUGAUCUCAUUUGGAGCUGUUCUGGGUAAAACCAGCCCCGUUCAGCUGCUCAUCAUGGCGCUGUUCGAGGUCACACUGUUUGCCGUCAAUGAGUUCAUCCUGCUGUCUGUUCUGGGGACCAAGGACGCUGGAGGCUCCAUGACCAUCCACACAUUUGGAGCCUACUUCGGCCUGAUGGUGACUCGAGUCUUGUACCGGCCCAACCUGGACAAGAGCAAACACAGGAACAGCUCAGUCUACCACUCUGACAUGUUUGCCAUGAUCGGUACCAUCUACCUGUGGAUGUUCUGGCCCAGCUUCAACUCGGCCAUCACCGCUCACGGAGACGACCAGCACCGCACGGCCCUGAACACCUACUACUCCCUGGCAGCCUGCACUCUGUCCACUUACGCCAUGUCCUCCCUCACAGCUCACGAUGGCAAGCUGGACAUGGUGCACAUUCAAAACGCCGCCCUGGCCGGUGGAGUCGCAGCAGGAACAGCUGGUGAAAUGAUGCUGACGCCUUACGGCUCCAUGAUUGUCGGUUUCCUGGCCGGCAUCAUCUCCGUUCUGGGCUUCAAGUACCUCUCACCCAUCCUGGAGGACAAGCUGAAGAUCCAAGACACCUGUGGCGUUCACAACCUGCACGGCAUGCCUGGCAUUCUGGGUGCUAUUGUUGGAGCAGUCACCGCUGCUGUGGCAACCAAAGACGUUUAUGGCGACGGUCUGGAAGACGUGUUCCCUAUGAUAGCAGAUGGAAAAGAAGCAUCUUACCAAGGUGGCAUUCAGGCCAUUUCCCUUGCUGUCACUCUGGGCAUCGCCCUGCUGGGAGGAGCUAUUGUUGGUUUCAUUUUGAAGCUGCCCAUCUUCGGCCAGCCUCCUGACACCAUCUGCUUUGAGGACAGCAUCUACUGGGAGGUGCCCGGAGAGGAGGAGAGUCACGAGGACCAGAUGACCGACGUGAGGACGGAAGAGGCCGAGAAGCUCAACUGUUAGACGCACACACCGAAAGACAGAAUCACACACACACACACACACACACUCUGAGGUUUUAACAUCCCAGCACUUGACACCCUGUAGUUUCUAAAGACAAAAAAAAAUCAAAGUGUACCCAUAUUGUGCUCAUGUCAACUGCCAAACUGUAAACUCGAAUUUUUUUCUUCUUUUUUUUUAAAACUCUCCAAACAUUAAUGCUUAUGGACAGCUCCGACCACUAGAGGUCGAUCUGGAGCCGCAUGACUCGGUGCUGCAGGCCUGUGAAAAGGCUGCACUGGGAAAUGAUGUGUCUAUUUGCUGGAAGAUGUUUUUCUAACUGUCCCCCUUAAACCAGGCCAAGACAUGGAUACAGAGCUUCAUUGAAACAGCCAGUUCAAACCAAAGACAAAUCUCUGAGGACAGAAAUCUGCAUUUAAUGAGCAAGAAAAAAAAAAAAAAGGCCUGAGCGGGAACCAGAAUUUAAAGAAUAGGUUCCAUUUUUAUAGUAAACGUAUAGUUUGUUUAAUCUAUUUUCUUUAUUUCAAAUAAAGAAUUUCAUGCGAAACAAUGCAUAUGAAUUUUAGUUUAGGUUUGGGAUUUUCUGCAAAUUUUAUUUUUCAUAUUAAGCUGUAUGUGAUUAGCUAGAAGUGAAAUGCUGUGUUAGUUAUGUACCUUUAUAUAUUUGUAUGUCGGACCUUUAAGCAAACCUCAAUAGAUUUUUUUUUUUUUUAGAUUGGCCGAUAGCUGCAUCAAAUGUUUGAAACCAUGUUAUGUAACAUUAUUUUGAAACACAAUAUCAGAUUUUUUUUUUUUUUGGCAAAAUAAACAGUUCUAAAGUUU